UAGAGGUGUUUGAUCUGGUUACCUGGGGUCGUUGUAGAGGUGUUUGAUCUGGUUACCUGGGGUCGUUGUAGAGGUGCGGGUGGUGUUGUAGGACGUCCUGCAGGAAGCGCUCCAAUAGGCUGGUGCUGGAGUAGGAGGAGGCGGAGCUUCCUCUGGACGACGCUCUUACAGCGUCCAGGUGUCGCAGGCUGCACAGGUGCUGAGGGAGGAGACAGGUGGUUAACAUGGACCCUGAUAGGACGGCUUAAGUCACACGACCCAGGCUUACCUGGUUCAGGUGGGUGUAGAGAACCCUGCAAAACCCGCAGUAACCCCGCCUGCUGGAGGGACCUGGAUCCACACAGAUCCUGUCACACAGACACCUUAUUAACACACACCUCAUCAACACACACCUUAUUAACACACACCUCAUCAACACACACCUCAUCAACACACACCUCAUCAACACACACCUUAUUAACACACACCUUAUUAACACACACCUCAUCAACACAGACCUUAUCAACACACACCUCAACACACACCUUAUUAACACACACCUCAUCAACACACACCUUAUUAACACACACCUCAUCAACACACACCUUAUUAACACACACCUCAUCAACACACACCUUAUCAACACACACCUCAACACACACCUUAUUAACACACACCUUAUUAACACACACGUUAUUAACACACACCUUAUUAACACACACCUCAACACACACCUUAUUAACACACACCUCAUUAACACACACCUCAUUAACACACACCUUAUUAACACACACCUCAUUAACACACACCUUAUCAACACACACCUCAUCAACACACACCUUAUCAACACACACCUCAACACACACCUUAUUAACACACACCUCAACACACACCUUAUUAACACACACCUUAUCAACACACACCUCAUCAACACACACCUCAUUAACACACACCUUAUUAACACACACCUUAUUAACACACACCUCAUCAACACACACCUUAUUAACACACACCUCAUCAACACACACCUCAUUAACACACACCUCAUCAACACACACCUCAUUAACACACACCUCAUUAACACACACCUCAUCAACACACACCUCAUCAACACACACCUCAUUAACACACACCUCAUUAACACACACCUCAUCAACACACACCUCAUCAACACACACCUCAUCAACACACACCUCAUUAACACACACCUUAUUAACACACACCUUAUUAACACACACCUCAACACACACCUUAUUAACACACACCUCAUCAACACACACCUCAUUAACACACACCUCAUUAACACACACCUCAUUAACACACACCUCAUCAACACGCACCUUAUUAACACACACCUUAUUAACACACACCUUAUUAACACACACCUUAUUAACACACACCUUAUUAACACACACCUCAACACACACCUUAUUAACACACACCUCAACACACACCUUAUUAACACACACCUCAUCAACACACACCUUAUUAACACACACCUCAUUAACACACACCUUAUUAACACACACCUCAUUAACAGACACAUAAUGAUAUUAAUCUACAGGUAGACUCACCUGCUGGGGGAUCCUGCUGUCUUCUGGUAACCUGACACACACACACACACACACACACACACACACACACACACACACACACACACACACACACACACAGUAUAAGUGAUGUACAGGUAUGUAAUGACUGCACAGGUGAUUGUUUACCUUCAUCAGAGUCGGACAUCCUGCGAAUCUGAAACACAAUCAGUGUUAAUGUUAUUAACAUGAUUUAUAAUACUGACAUGUUCAUGACAUGUUCAUGACAUGUUCAUGACAUGUUCAUGAGGACCCACCUCGAAACAGAGUCGUCAGUGAAUCACCCAUCCAAUCAGAGCGAUCCAUGCUGUAACCCACUGUAACCAGUCCAUGAACCUGAAGAGAGGUUAGAAAAUGAUAAGAGCAAAAACUACUGAUAAUAAUAACAAUAAUAUGCAUUAAAUAAUAGAAAUAAUAAUCACAAUGACUACAUAAUACUUAAAUAACAACAAUAACAUGAUCGUAACAACAAAUAGUGUGAAAUAAUAAAUACAUACUUAGAAAGCACUUUAUGAAUGUAUUAAUAAUAAUAAUACAUUCAGCCAAUCAGAGCAGCAGGACAGCUGUGCUCUGAUUGGCUGAGACUCGGGCUCAGGUUCUUAGCAGCUAACCUUAGCCUGCUGUCCGCUGAGCUACAGAGACACUGAUUGGCUCAGGUGAGGGUCUACCCGACCCCCACCCCCCACUGAUCAGCUGUUUACUGUUGUUUGUUUACCUGCAGCUGGUCUUUGUUGUUGUUUACUUUCACGAUCAAGUCUCCUUCCGUCGCGCGCUGCUCCUUCAUCUGUUAAGUUUCCGGUUUGACUCUUCUUCUGCUGCUGAAUUUCAGGUAGAGGCGGCUUCACAGCGCCGAGUGGCCGCCCAGAGAACUGCACAACAACAACUGCUCACGGUUCUUAUUGUUAAUGAUAAUCAGGGGCGUCACUAGGUUUUAAGGACAGGGGGGACUAAGCCCCCAGGAGAUGCACAGGAUGUGAGCGAACGUUUAAUUUCACAAACAGCUAACAAAAACUGAGAAAUUGCCUUACACUUUUGGGACAGAUUUAACAGAUCCUUUACUGUGUAAAUGUUUCGGGCCACCAUUACAUCUUUAAUACAGUACAACAACAAACACAGGAAGUACUGUAUGUCCACAGCAUCAACAACAACAAAAGAACCAUCACACAGUUACACUGCCCUAUUCAACCAAUGCUUCGUAUUCAUUAACAGCCCACAUGUAUUAUCCAAAACUCUGCAAAACAAAGAGCGCUGUGUUCUCACUAAGUACAUUUAAAAUAACAUGCCUACAAUUGGCAGUUACUUGGUGGGUGGAAGCAUCAAAGAAUGCCGUCUGUUUUUAAGGGUGGCAAAGGCCUCUAUCACUCUGUUGUGAUUCAGGUGCUGAAGGGCGUCUUUUUCAAUUGACAUGACUGCAAGACUGUGAAGUCUUUUCUGACCCAUUGUUUGGCGUAGCCAGGAGUGCAGCCGGCGCAGUACACUAAAGGACCUUUCACACGAGCAGCUGCUUACAGGCACUGUUAAAGCAACUUGGAAGGUUGCCUUCAGGGAGGGAAACAUGUCUGAAUCAAGGAGGUUGUGCACAGUCAACAUAUCUUUGGGUGAACAUCCAGCCUCUGUUUUCCGGGCAAGAAAGUUUCUGGCCACCAGAACCUCCUCUGUUUUCAGGUCAGUGCUGUAGUGUUUUGCAAGUUCAUUCAAGUGUGAUUCACUCAAGAAGUUCUCAGAUUUCGGACUGCGUGCCUGGAUGCCUUUUAGUAGCCCUGCAUCUACACUGCAACAUCUUUGCUCAAGCAGGGAGCAUUUCGUUCAUUAAUUACAUGGGACUUUCUGUUGUUAGCUGGGGGACUGGAGCUAACUUAUUGUCACCAACAGCAGUGAUCAAUACUUACUCUCUUGAAAAAAUGUCCUAUAUCCAUUCUUGUUCACGUUCUUCUGCUAAUGCUGCUCUAGUCGGCUCUGUGUGCUCCGCUCCCGGUACAUGCUGCGGGUACCCAGAUGCAGAGACGAGUGCAACCUAGGUUGCAGUGAAAACGUGGACUGGAUUUCAGUGAUGUGGGCGUGCUCUAUGAACAGGUGGAAUGGAUUGGAUAACGACGCACUGACCCUGACUCUACCUUUCACUACAGGGAAACUAAGAUUUAUGACCAUAUUUAAGUGAAUAAUGGUUGUGUGAUUAUUUAUGUGAACUCAUAUUCUGGCCACAUUAUAUUGAAUUUGUCGGCAUUUAAAAAAAUAAUAAUAAUAAUAAUUUAGGGGGGCUUAAGAAUAUUUUAGGGGGGCUGAAGCCCCCCUAAAAUAGGCCUAAUGACGCCCCUGAAUGAUAAUUAAUAUAAUAGUUAAUUAAUUCAAUAAUUAGAAGAAGAUAUCUAUGAAAUAAAUAAUGUCAUUAAUAUUGAUAAUAUUGUCGGAUUGUAAAGGCAUUUAGUAAAACUCAGAUGUUGAUGAUCUUUAGUUCGUAGCAAUCCUUUCAGUUUCAACCCAAAAAGGCUGUUAUUUAAUGUAUAAAUAUAAACUGUCUACAUAUAUACUUGUAUAACCAUACAAAAGCGUAAAAACCUAAAUAUACUUAUAUAUGAGAGUAUUUAUUAACCUGAGUGGAUUCUGGUUACUCUCUGGAAAGGGGCAGGGUCGGGAGGUGGGCUGAUCUCAGCAGCCAAUGGGAGGACUUGGGCGGGGUUUAGAACCAGAACAACCAAUAGAGUGAGGUUAGGGGCGGGACCUGACGUCUCCAAUCUCACAGCUUGAUUCUUCACCAGAAAACUACAGUUUCUUCUCCUGCUCCUCUGCCAUGGACUCAGGCAUGUCUGUGGUCUCCAUCUGGUCUCUGUUAGCAUGUAGCCUGCAGCUGUUAGCCGCCGGGCUGCUAACCCAAAGGUGUGGGGGGCGGGUCUUAGUGCAGGACAGGUGGGUGGUGCUGUGGCUCUUCUAUGACGUCAUCGUCCACCUGACGAUGGAGGGUCCGUUUGUGUACAUGUCACUGGGGGGGGGGGCGGUGGAGACGUCUGAGGGUCCACUGGCAGAGCUCUGGAAGGAGUACGGGAAGGCUGACCGGCGCUGGCUGGUUUCUGACCCCACCAUCGUCUCCAUAGAGAUCCUGACCGUAGUGCUGGACUCCAUGCUGGGUCUGCUUCUGAUCCAUGCCGUGCUCAAGGACCAGUACUACAGGCACUUCCUGCAGGUGGCGCUGUGUGUGUGUGAGCUGUACGGGGGCUGGAUGACCUUCUGUCCUGAUUGGCUGAUGGGCAGUCCUCACCUGGACACGUCCCGCCCCCUCUACCUGUGGGUCUACCUGGUGUUCUUUAACGGGAUUUGGGUCCUGGUCCCAGUUCUGCUGCUGGUCCAGUCAUGGUUCUCCCUGAGGAGUCUGCAUAUACCGAAGCGCGGGGAGACCAGGAAGAGGAAGUAGAGAUGAUGGGAUACAGCAGCCUUAUCGACAACCUCUGGAAUGUCCAAAUCGACCAAUCAGAGUCCAGUAUUCAACUCAGCCGUGUAAUAACCAACAUUAAACAAUGACCUCAUUUAA